AUGCCACUGCCGCCGCCGUCGCUGCCGCCGCCGCCGCGACGCCCUUGGGAUGGACCGUCGACAAAUGGGGCAACUCCUUGGGCACCGCUCCGCGCGGCGGCAGAUCUAUGGCAUUCUGCUUCACAGCCAGCUGAAGAUCUAGGGACCUGGACACCGCUAUCGCAGAUGCCGGUGCCUACUUUCCCAAGCGCAACGUCGGCGCAGUCGUUCCAUGAGCUCGAUGAGUACGCGAUGGACUCCGUGGAAGUGGAGUCUGAGGCGACAGCAGUUCGCGACGACGUCGACCCUAUUCGACGUGCACCCUUGCGUGUGCUGUGUGGUAUUGAAGCACUGGACGAUCAUGCGGGGAGAUGGAAAAGUGGCGGUGCCUACGCCCCAUUAAGCCAGGACAGCUCGCCUGAUGAGCGGCGACGUGGCUUCCCCAUUGGAUCUGCGCUGGAAAUAGUCGGUCCGCCCGGAUGUGGAAAGACAACGUGGGCGGUUCAAAUGGCGAUUUUGGAACGUCUGCAACACAUUGUUCAUUCGAUGCACGUCUUCCUGCAUGAGUACGAGGCGGACGCAGAUGAGCGCGACGUGGACAAGAGCACGUCCGAAGACCAAGAGCGUCUCGAUGGCCACGACGACAAUGAACCAGCUUUUCUGCUUCCAGGCAGCGAGCACAUGAAAGCAGCGACACUCGAAGAAGCCAUCAGUACCGACAUUGAGCCAUGGUGUGGACAGGUUGUGCUUGUUGAUACAGAGGGGAGUAUUCAGCCAUGGCGCGUCUUGAGUAUGACGCGGCACAUUGUCUCAGAGCACCACCUGGAUACAGUGCGGGCAUUUGCUCAAGUAGGCGUGGCGAACCUGGAUGCUGCGAUGGAUCGUCAUCACCUGCAGUACGCAUUGGAGCGAGCAGUGCUGCGAGGUGUGCAUCUGGUGCGAUGCACGACGUUGGCUGAGCUGCUGGCGUUUCUCAACAUGGCUGCUAGCACAGUGCUCAAAGUGCCUGGCUUACCGCCGCGGACGUCCUUGUUGAUUCUCGAUACACUCUCGUUUUUCACGUACGCACAUGCGCUCCCGCUCAAUGCAACUCGCGAGCAACGCAAGGCGCGUGAAGAUGCGAUUCAGUCGAUUCUUCGCGCAUUGACGACACUGCGUGAUAGCCAUAUUCCGGAGUCUGAGCGGCUCACAGUUGUCGUCACCAUGCAAAUGUCGUCGCGGCGCGUCGCUGACAUGGACUCUGUACUACUUCCCUCGCUUAUGCCUGCGUCGAUGCCAGCUAUGCGAUCAGCAAUGUGUGAUGACACAGAAAGUGUGCUUGGACGUAGUGCAUGGCGCUUCGUUCUGUCCUACAGUGACGUGCGCGCACAUCGGGCCCUGUAUGCCCCGUGGCAGCCAGACACAUCUUUUGUACGCUUUCAAAUCAAGUCGCAUGGACUUGAGCAAGUAUAG